CUCUCUCAGGGUGACCACGAGUCAUACAAACAGCACUGCACUGAGGCCUCAGCUCAAGAGUGAACAAAGUGAACAUCAGUCAUCGGACUUUGUGAAGAGGAUCCCUGCGACUAUAGGUCAGAGUUUGCUUCUUGGAUGCAGCACUAUGAAUGGGUUAGAGAGCAGAGCGUAAGAGGUAGUGCUGGUCACCAGAGCACAAACAUAUCAAGGUCUGUGAUGCGAAGCGGAGAGAGCUUCUGUGAAUAUCGUGACAGGGACAUGGGAUGUCUCUGACUGUGCAGCGAAAUCAACAUGACUUUCAUUCUGCCCUCGGUCUGGUAACAAGUGCAGACGUCGUCCAGCUUGAAGCAACAUCCGGCACCCAAUAAAAAGAGAAAGAGGGUGGAACAAAGGGAGGAGACAGAAGAAGAAUAAGCGAGAGAGAGAGAAAAGGAGAGACUAGAGAGGUAAAGUGGAGAGAAGAAAGAAACUCACAUUUUUACAGAUGGAUCUGGGCGUGCUCAAGGCUCUGGAGAGAGAGAAGGUUCUGGAGGUUCUUCAGAGAGACAAACUUUUACGCAGCACGGAUGACGUCAGGAUAAGGUAGACAACAUCAUUUACUUCAGCCAAGCUUUUCACAUUUACUGCAUGGACACACUGUAUAACAACAACACUCAGAGGGUACUUCAGGAUCUGUGGAGACAAUGACAACGCUUAACUGAUGCCCCUCAAAAUAGUAUUCACAAUCGUUGGUGUAAAAUGUAUCAUUAAUACUAUAAUGCAUUUAAUUACAAUGAAUUGCCAGUGGCUGACUGACAGGAAAAGUGGAUGCGAAGAGAUGAUCAGUACAGUUAAAGCACUGCCAUCAUUACUGUACCUCAGGCUGCUGAGGGGAGGAUGGCUCAUAAUAAUGGCCAGAACGGAGCAAAUGGAAUGGCAUCAGACACAUAGAAACCAUGUGUUUAAUACCAUUCCACUAAUUCCACUUCAGCCAUUACCACGAGCUUGUCCUCCCCAAUUAAAUUGCCAUCAACCUCCUGUGCUGUAUCCCCCACCUGCGACCAUCUACUGUUACAGGAGGCUGAAGACGGAGCUACAGGAGAUCCGAAGGAAAGGUGCCAAGAGUUUUGCCCGGCAGUACAGCGAAAGGACUUGCGCCCGCUGUCAGAGGCAGCUGGGAAUGUUCUGGAACUCGGGCGCCGUGUGCCGAGGCUGCAGCCACCUUGUCUGCAACAAGUGUCGCGUGGGCGUCUCCGCCCUGGACUGGAAGUGCACCGUCUGCCACGCCUACAGGGCUGUCAAUAUCGGUCCUGGAGGGCUAAAACACUUCUGGGUUUCAUCCUGUCCUUCUUAUAAGGGACUAAUUCCAACCUGGGACAACAGGAAGGUUAAGAUCAGGUCAGGGGAGUGGUUUUUGGAAGAAAGGGACAAGAAAUUUCCACCUGACUCGGAAAGGCAUGAGACUGUUGGGGAGAAGCUACUAAAGUCUUACCGGAGGUUGAGUCAUAUAACAGUCGUUCCGCCAACCGCUCCACCCUAUUACGAUGGUCCAUCCUUCAGCAGAUCAGGGGGACUGAACAAUUCCUUUAAAAAACCAUUCACCAAGUCUAUGGAGGACCUGAUGGUUUCCCUCACAAGCCACAUGAGAAGGUUCUCCAGGUCGCAACAGGAUGUACGAGUGGAACAGGAUCUUCUUACAGUGGACAACAGGCGGGGACAGAGCACUGUCUGGAAAAGCCUCUCUGACACAAACAUCAACAAAUACAACAAUACACAACCUCUCUCCUCAAAGCUUACCAAAGGCCCCAGUCUUACCAACCUGUUCAAGAAGAGCCGGAAUGAUGACCAGAGCAGUUCCUCGUCAGGGGCAGAUGAGGACCUUUCUCUGGGUUCAGAGUACUCAUGGGGAAAGAGGGGCAGUAGUGCUAGUAGCACUGGUACAGACUGUGGUCUCUUGGAGAUCAACAGAGUGACAGGGGAGCUAAAGCUCGCCAUCGCCUUCAACCACAACACUUCCUGCCUGGAGAUCACAAUAAACGGCUGCAGAAACCUGGCGUAUGGAGAUAUCAAGAGGAAGAAGUGUCACCCGUACGUCAAAGUCUACCUACUGCCGGAGAAGUCUCAGAGCAGCAAACUGAAGACAACUAUCAAGAGGAACACAACGGAUCCCAUUUAUAAUGAAAUUUUACAGUGCCAGAUCGAGAGCCCCUUGUUGUCCAGGAGUACUCUGCAGGUGUCUGUGUGGCACUCUGCGACCCUGAAGAAGAAGGUGUUUCUGGGAGAGGUCCUCGUCCCGCUGGAGGGCUGUAUAUUUAAGGACAGCACCACCCAGGGCUCCAACUGGUACCCCCUGUGUCCAAAGCCUGAGAGUCCAGAAGGGAAUGCAGUAGAGCAGGAUACAGCAGGAGAACUGCUGGUCAGAAUGAAGUUCACCUCCUUGUCCCAGCCAUCCUGGGUUUGCCACACAGAUGCGGUUCAUAUUGGACCACAUGAUGUUGGUCAACUGACUGUUCUUGUCACUGGUGCCAAAAAUCUGCCCACUAAAGCAAACAGUCAGAACACCUAUGUGAAAGGGUGCUUGACUCUUCCCGGGCCCAGAGAGCUGGUCCAGAGGACCCCUGUCCUAAAGAAGCCCAGUCCGGUGUGGUCUCACCAGCUGCUCUUCAGCAGAGUCACGCCCUAUGACCUCCAGAUCUGCACUCUGGAGCUUGACCUCUGGGACCACACCCCCUUUACCUUCUCAGACCGCCUCCUGGGCUGGGUCAGAAUGGAAGCCGGGUCGUCAUGGCAACUGGUGCUGCAGACACCCAACAUGUGGCAUGACUUCAGUUUACCCAUGCAAGCCAACAUCAACAGCAGGAGAACAUGAUGUCAGAGUCAACAGGGGAAAAAAGCAACUGGACUGGACACUGUCUCCCCACAAGAAAAACCUUGGCACUUUAAGGGCUCUAUUCAAUCCGUAUUGCAGAAAUUCAGCGUAAUUUAAAGGCAAUGCUCCCACAUUAGCGGAGUCUGCAUUUACGGUAAACGUUGCGGAUGUCGGCUCAAUAUGAAAUGACUUUUACAUUUCUGCAAUACAGACUGAAUAGAGCCCCUACUCUACCUUUACCUCUAUUUGCACUGACUGUCAGGCCCUUGCUUAGUGAAAGUCCCUCCUGUUAACUAUUUAUGUUCAAUUGAUGACCUUUUAUGUAUUGAAAGGAUGUUCUACUCAAAAGGAAACCUAUUGUUCUUUAUUACUGUUUUUAAAGGGACGUUCCACUCAAAUACAACCCAACAUGAUUUUUCCACUUUCCUUGGAAAAUGGCCUACAACUGAGGUGUUCAAGUGGAAAAUCAUGUUAAGUUGUAUUUUGAGGGGAAUAUUCCUUGUGCUUUAAGCAUGCUCACCUGAUAACAUUGAAUGAAUGAAAGUCAUUAAACGUCUGAGAAAGAGACUGUCUACAACAUAA